AAUGUACAAAUUAUUUCAAAAUUAGGCAUUAUUUUUGUAAAUGCAGUGGUUAGGCCUUUUUAUCAAAAUUUGCAGCUAAAUUCUAAAAUUGGAAGCUACAUGUGUAGGCGAUGGCCAAGAAGGGUGGAGUACAGCAGUUGCAGGCAGACUUACAAAACGAUGAGGACUUUGAGGCGUUCUUAGAACGUCCAGGCCUGCUAGUUUUGGACAUUUAUUCCGAGUGGUGUGGUCCCUGUUUAGGCAUGGUCGGUAGUUUGCGAAAAGUAAAGCUUGAAAUUGGUGGCGAUAAUCUGCACUUGGCUAUAUGUAAGGCAGAUGAUAUUACAGCUCUGAAGCGGUUUUGCAAGAAAAGCGAGCCAACAUGGAUGUUUGUGCAAGGUGGUAGAUCGGUCAACUUAAUGUUUGGCACAGAUGUGCCAAAAUUGAUAGCUCUGAUUACAAGGGAACUAGACAAAACUGUCCAAAAAGUGGUACGCACGGUUUCAUAUGAAAUUUCGGAGCUGCAACCCGUAGAGGUCGAGCUACUCAGGGCGAAACAAGAAGAAAUAGCGAGACAAGAGCAGCUUGAGCGCGAUGCAGUGAUCAAGAAGAAAGUGGAUUAUCUUAUGCACGUAACGGACAUAAUAAUGGAUAAUAUGCCAGAUAUAGGCGUGACUGUUUUUGGUCCUCAAGUCAAUCGCGAUAUGUUUAAGAAGCUGACAGAGCCAGCCGAACCGCUCCGAUUGCAAUGCAAAGAUCGCAAGGUCAUAACUGUCCUGGCGGAACAGUUCGAGACCGUAAACUUCGCCUGCAAGAAUCCACUCUCCGACGAGGUUAUAGAGCAACUAGAUGGCAAGGAGUUGCUUAUGUGCUUCUGGAAAGUGGACGAGUACCUUGGCUCCGUGCCAAAUGUCUUAGCGACAUAUGCGCAUGAGCUCACAAAAGAUCGCACCGAGCCAGGUGAGGGCUCUGAGGAAGAUGUAUUGUUGCCGCCGAUCCUGACACCGCUGAAAGUAAAAGUAGAAGUUGAAAUACAAGAGGGUGAAACGUGGGAGGAAGAGAUCAGUUCUGAGGAGGAUGAAAACAGAUUUAAGGCCAAGGUCAAGUCACAAAUAAAUUUGCAAGAGGACUUACAGCUCAUUGAUGAAGAGAUGGAAGAGGUAAGCUAUGAGGAAGAAGUAAGCGAAGAGGGUGAAGAGGGAAAGGAAGCCAGGGAGGUUGAAGAGCCAGCCGAACUGCCGGCGUUCCCCAGCAUGCCGUUCGAUAUGGAUAUGGAUUUGGUUGACGAUAUGGGUGAAGAGGAAGAAGAAUUUGGAGACGAAAGGGAAUCUGUGAAGAAGUCAACGCGCAUAAAAACAGUGAAAUUGCCACCAAUCUGGGUGCCAAAUAACCGACGUACCCAUGCGGCAUUAAUCUACGUAUUCUUCCGUGGACAGACGACCGGUUUCUUGCCGCCAGAUCCCAAGCCAGAUCCGCCACACAUCAUUAUGGCCUUCGAUGCACAGAAGAGACGGGAUCUUUCGCAUGUUCUGCUUAGGUAUAAGGAGGAUGUGCCAUUAUAUGGUUACUUCAGCUCAGAAGAUCCUGAAAGGGCGCAACUCCUAGCGAAGAGUACGGAAGAAUAUGAGGCGGGUGCCACAACAUCCGACGAUAAACUGAUUCUGAAGGUCCAUAAGGUGCGCUCCAACAUGAUGCUCUCCUUGGUGUCCUACGGUCCGACCUAUGUUAGCCCAACUGUAAAGAUCGGCAUAGAGGAGGCACAAGUAUUCUUUCCGGAGGAUUACGACAAGACACCAGAAGAGUUGGCCGCCACUGAAAAGAUUAAGAGGAAGUCGCGAAAGAGUAAGAAGGCAGAACGGGCGUCUACGGAUGUGGAUGCAUUGUCAGAAGCUGCUGUCGAAGCAGAAGAGCCUGUGCGCGAAGCCGAACCUGAAGUUGCAGCAGUCGAGCCCGAAGCACCGCCAGAGGCUGCUGCUGAGGCUGCCCCAACUCCUGCAGAGGGUGGAGACCAGCAAGCAGAGGAAGGCGCAGACCAAGCGUCCGGAGCAGAAGCUUCCGCUGCAGAAUUUUCCGCAUCCGAAGGAGCGGAGGGCAUGGCAGAGGCGUCAGGAGAGGUACCAGCAGAAGGAGAAGGUGGCGCACCAGCUGAAGGUGAGGCACCAGCGGAGGGUGAGGCUCCAGCAGAUGCACCGGGAGAAGCACCAGCGGACGCACCGCCGGCAGGGACUGAGGCGCCAGCACCAGCUACCGAAGAACCCCCACCUACUGAACCACCAGCAGCAGAGCAGCCCCCACCAGAAGCUCCACCAGCCGAACCAGCUGAGGUCCCAGCCGAGUCAUAGGGACAUUUUACAUAUGAAAAAGUUGUGGUAUUCACUUAUUAAUUGGUUUAAAAACAAAAAUUUUUAUGUAGAUUCAAAUUAAAAAAUAUUAGUCAUAUCAA